AGGAAGAAAGAAUAUCUUUUGAGCAGAUUCCUAGUCCAGAAUAUUUCACCAAAUGGUAAAAUAUUUGGUAGAAUUUUGUGGAGUAUAAAUUGAAGGGUUGAGGUUUGAUGGGUUUACUUGACAAGUACCCCACCACAUGGUGUUUGGGCUAUUUACAGCUGCAGCAAAUAGGCAGAUUAUACCUUCCCUCAUAAUGUGGCUUUCCCUUGCUCUCUCUCUGUUUUUCUAGAGUGCCUUUGAGGGAAUACAAAGAACCAGAACAUCCCAAACUUUUCCCUUUUUUACCUUUUAUUGCCUGCAUUUUGCGUAAAAUUAUGAGCUUUCAUAUGGGUUCUUCACCUUUUUGAGUUUUUUGAGUUUUCUUUCGUAAAGUUUGGUUUUUUAUGGCUGGUUCUCAAAUGGGUUUUGUUCAUUUCUUUGUUUCCAGAUCUGGUUUUUAGUGAUUUUUCUUGCUUUUUGUCAAAUUUUGGAAAUUGGGUUCUCAAACUCUUCAAAGUUUUGAACUUUUUCUGCUAUUUAGUGUGAGAAAAUGGCCCCAAGGUUGGAUUUUUCCAGUUUCUGGGCAAAGGAAAGCAGGAAGGGGACACCAGUGGUGGUGACAAUGGAGAACCCCAACUUCUCUGUGGUGGAAAUCGACGGUCCAGAUGCAGCAUUCAGGCCAGUUGAUAAGAGCAGGGGGAAGAAUGCAAAGCAAGUGACAUGGGUUUUGCUUCUCAAAGCUCACCGCGCAGUCAGCUGCAUUGGGUGGGUUGCCACCCUCUUCUGGACACUUCUCAGCACCAUUAAGAAGCGGUUAAUCUUCAGGCAAGGUGUUUCCAUGGAGAAUGGGAAGCUGGGAAACCAGAAGUUACUUUUUACUGUCAUUAGAGUCUUCUUAUUUACUUCCCUUGCAAUCCUGGCCUUUGAAGUUGUUGCUUACUACAAAGGCUGGCAUUAUUUUAGGAAUCCCAGUUUGCACAUUCCUGGAACUUCUGAUAUACAGAGCUUGCUCCACUUGGUUUAUGUUGGUUGGUUAUCGUUUCGGGCAGAUUACAUUGCACCUCCCAUUCAAGCACUCUCUAAAUUUUGUAUUGUUCUUUUCCUUAUCCAAUCCGUGGAUCGAAUGAUACUUAGUUUAGGUUGCUUGUGGAUAAAGCUCAAGAAGAUUAAGCCUAGGAUUGAUCGGGAGUCUUUGAAGUCGGAGGACGUUGAGAAAUCGAAAUAUGAGUACCCCAUGGUUCUCAUUCAAAUUCCAAUGUGCAAUGAGAAGGAGGUGUAUGAGCAGUCUAUCUCUGCAGUCUGCCAGAUUGAUUGGCCAAAGGACCGUGUUCUGAUUCAAGUUCUUGACGAUUCUGAUGAUGAGAGCAUCCAGUGGUUAAUAAAGACAGAGGUUGCUAAUUGGAGCCAAAAGGGUAUCAACAUUAUCUAUCGGCAUCGUGUUGUUAGAACUGGUUACAAAGCCGGAAAUCUCAAGUCUGCAAUGAGCUGUGAUUAUGUGAGAGACUAUGAAUUUGUUGCAAUCUUUGAUGCAGACUUCCAACCCAAUCCAGAUUUUCUUAAGCAAACGGUGCCACAUUUCAAGGACAACCCCGAACUAGGUUUAGUUCAGGCUAGAUGGGCCUUUGUGAACAAGGAAGAGAACUUGUUGACUCGUCUCCAAAAUGUUAAUUUGUGUUUCCACUUUGAGGUGGAACAGCAGGUUAACGGGGUGUUUCUUAAUUUCUUUGGUUUCAAUGGAACUGCUGGUGUUUGGAGAAUUAAAGCCCUUGAGGGGUCUGGAGGAUGGCUAGAAAGGACUACUGUAGAGGACAUGGACAUAGCUGUCCGGGCCCAUCUCAACGGUUGGAAAUUCAUCUACCUUAACGAUGUUAAGGUACCAUGUGAAGUGCCUGAGUCCUAUGAAGCUUACCGAAAGCAGCAGCAUCGUUGGCAUUCUGGUCCUAUGCAGCUAUUCAGAUUAUGCCUUCCAGCGAUUAUAACUUCCAAGAUAUCCGCGUGGAAGAAAGCAAACUUGAUACUUCUAUUCUUUCUGUUGAGGAAACUUAUCCUUCCUUUCUAUUCCUUCACCUUGUUCUGCAUAAUUCUUCCGCUAACCAUGUUUGUCCCGGAGGCAGAGCUUCCCGCAUGGGUCAUCUGUUACGUUCCUGUUUUCAUGUCGUUCCUCAACAUUCUUCCAUCCCCUAAAUCCUUCCCUUUUAUUAUUCCUUAUCUCCUUUUCGAGAACACAAUGUCUGUCACCAAGUUCAACGCAAUGGUCUCCGGUUUGUUCCAGCUGGGUAGCUCUUAUGAGUGGGUUAUCACCAAGAAGACUGGGAGGUCAUCGGAACUGGACUUACUCGCUGCUGCUGAAAGGGAAACAAAAAUGGUAAACCAAUUACCGGUCCACAGAGGAGCUUCUGAGACUGAGCUUUCUGUGUUGAACCGAAUUAUGGAACAAAAAGAAGUAGCUCCCAAGCCUAUUAAGAAAGCUAACAAGAUAUAUCGGAAGGAGCUUGCUCUAGCAUUCCUAUUGCUCACUGCUUCUGUCAGGAGUCUGUUAGCUGCUCAAGGUGUACACUUCUACUUCCUGCUCUUCCAAGGCGUGACCUUCCUCCUCGUUGGUCUUGAUCUCAUUGGUGAGCAAAUGAGCUGAUAUUUCAUGGCUACAAGAGAAAAAUGGAGAAAAAAAUCAAACCAGAUACACACAUUGAGGGAACUUCAAUCCCUUUCGCCAUGGGAAUGUGCAGCAGAGUUACCCUUCGGUCCAGUAACCCAAAUUACUUAUAGUCCACACAGCGUGAACGAAGAACUCGAUAGGAACCUCGCGUUUUCGAAUGUUAUUCCUCCAUUUUUUUUUUGUUACUUUUUCCAGAUAGGGCAUUGAUCAAUUUUAAUGUUCCACAGGUAUUGGAUUGUUCUUGUUCACCUUAAGAAGGUUUGCCUGAUGCUUUUGGUUUGUAAAUUCCUUCUUGUCAAUCAGUGAGAAGUGCGCAACAAAGGCAAAGCAAGCACUUUUUGUAAUUAAUUUAUCUACUAAUUAAUUUAUAAUAGUUCCUUUGCCUCA